GAUGUGCGUGCUCGAACGUCAACGCGUCGUGCGAACGAAUCAGUUUGUGGCUCGCACUUUCUGCGAGAGGUGCAGCGUUUCCGUAACCACCUGUAGCAGAUCGGAAAAACGUGAGUUUUACGACGACUCCAACAAGAAGCAGACCACGGAAAAGACCAUCCAUAGGAAUUCUGAGAUGCCGGACCCGAAUGCAUCUUGGAACCGCUGUCACGACCGCGGCGAAAUGGCCGGCACGAGAAACAUGUGCGCUCUAUUCGAGCUACCGAUACCGAACUCGGAAGAAACACAACUGAAAUUACGCUGUGUGUUCACCGGCCGGGACAUAGCCCACAAUCUCAACUUCGGCGGUCUCCUCCACACCCGAAUGAUCAUCUAUCACAAUUCGCUCUGGGCCAUCGCAGAAGACCGCAAGAAAGUUCUCGUUUUCGACGUGACCACAGGUGGGAAGCAGCACGAAAUGCUGCUCCCAUUCGGGGGUGGAGUCGGCUGUACAAUAUUUCGGGACAGAGUGUUCGUUUUCACCGAUCAUGAAAUCUUCGAGGUUCUGGACGGAGACACGAACACGAAGACGUUGAAGAGAGUCGCGCUCUGUCCACAUGAGAUCUUCGCCCUCGAAAUCCAACGAAAAGACGACGAAGAAAUCGCCUUCGUAGUCGAAUCGACGAACGGUCUGAUUCUCAGCGCUGUAUCGAGGGACGAUCUCGCCAGAUGCACAGUCCUUAAAGGAACAGGGCACUUCCUUAGUGGCGCCUACGGAAACCACAUUUAUAUCUAUUGUUUGGAGAGUAACGAAAUCGUGGACACUAGGAAUAGGUACAUCGAGCGGAUUUUCCCACCGUUAGACCAUGAAUUAUACGGACGCUUCCGCAUGGCUCAGGACGGAACGUUGUACUAUUGCAGUUGGAACGAGCUUGUGGGUCCCUGGAGUAUAGAAAGCAUAAACACUGUGACAGGGAAUCGGACUUGCUUCGAGACCGACUCUCAGCAGAUCUAUCUGAUACCAUGCGCGUUUUUUGUGCCAUUUUACGAGCCCAGACAUCGGAACAGAGGCAGUGAUUAGGAGUCAUCACGGAGCGCUCCCCAUCGUGUAAAAAAAAUCUUCAUACCAAUUUAGUGUACAGGACAAUUAAUUUCAUCGAACUCUCCGAAUGAAAUGGCAAUGUAUUGAAUUUUGAAAUGU